AUGGACAACAUGUAUUUUCAGCUCAUGGCAGAUCGAGCGACUCUGGAAGCAAGUAGAUGGCCACCUGAAAUCAGAGAAGAGCCCACUGUGCUUGAUGAUUACUACACCCGCGCGGAAACAAUGCUGCAACCAUCCAUAUACCCCGAGGAGUUUCAAACUUUGAGCAAACUCGAGCAUCUGGAAAAGCAGUCAAAAUGUUUAGGACAGGCAGGCAAUUUCCGUCGAGCACCACUCACUACGUUCUUUCACCGCGGCCGCAACAACGCGGGCGUACAAAUGGAGGCAAAUCGCAGAACGGGCCAUGAGUGUACGGGGCUUAAUGAUGGCUCAAAGAAUUCUGUGGCUACGACCUAUCUUGUCGAUUCCUGGAACUGGGGAGCUGAGAUAUUCUGUGGUUGCGAGGUUCGAUUUGUGGAGAAGACAAACGAAGGAGGGUACAUCAUCCACUUUGCCUGGCACGGAAGUGGCAGGGCGAUUUUUGGGGAUCAUUUCAAGGAGCAGCUUUUCUGGGUCAAAUCUGAGCACAAGUCUGAUCGAUGUCUCCAAAAAGGGUACAAUGAUAACGCUCGUGUCAACGGAAUCGCACGGCGAUCUUCUGACCCCGAAUCUGUACCUGGGCCAACUAUCACCGGUGUGAUUGACAAUCGAGAGACUGAUGCCACCAGUAGCCUAUCUGGAUAUGUCAUCCAAGAUGGGUGCAUCCCAGAGGCAUUCAAACCAAUAAUUCAUCCUAUGCUCCUUCUACAGACCUUGAAAACUCGAGCGUUUUCAUUAGUCUGGAACACCAGAGAUGGAAGAGGAAAAUUUCUUGCUUCGCUCAGGUCUGUCAUAUUUGGACCUUAUGCCAUUGGUGGAGCUGUUCAACGAACAUCAACCUAUCUGGUGAUGUCGCAUGAUAGCAAUGAAAUGACAUUGACGCUGAAGGACAACCAGAUAUGUCUAUCAGCACCAAAAGAAGGACAGUCUAAACAUUUCCAAAGGAUUAAAGAGAUGUUUCAUGAGCUAUUUGCUCGAACCGGAGCACAGAUGGGGUUCACGUAUUUCUAUGGACGCCACCAAGAGGAGGUCACUGUGCAUCUACUGGGAGGCGCCAACAUGAGCAGUGAUGGCACAGGGCAAAGUGGCGUUACAAAUCAUGUAGGAGAAGUUCUCACUUCCCUGGGCAGUGAAGUACACCAAGGCCUCGUAUGUUGUGAUGCAUCAAUCAUUCCAACAUCAUUGGGUGUCAAUCCAUUGGCAACGAUAUCUGCCCUAGCAGAGCGAUCUGUCGACUUGGUCGCAAAGAAGGCCGGGCUAUGGGUUGAUCUGGAGACAAGAAAUAGACGACUGGAGACAGACAGCAAGCCUGAACGACCGAGGGAGAGCCAACACUUCCAAAACAACUUGAAAGACAACCCAAACUCAUUAGGCUGGCAGUUUACAGAAGCUUUGUCUGGACAUAUACACAUGGGGCCGAGGUCCAAAGACUACGAGCUUUCUGAAAAUAUGGGUAAAAGCUCGUCUUGUUCCAUGCAGAUGGUCCUCACAAUUGAGCUGUGUAAACAGAUAGGAUCAGGAUACCAGGGUAUCUGCACAGGUACUGUGUCCUGUCGUGCACUGUCCAAGUCUACUCUUCGAAUUGCCCAUGGAACGAUCGAAUUCUUCUCGCCCAUGAUAGAGAGGGCAGAAACAUUAGCCAUUUUAUAUCACUUGGAGCUCGUCACGGUGGAGGGGAUGACGUACCACCUGGAAGGAAGUAAGCCCAUCAAUUCAACUAUGGCAUUCUCCGUGAAAAAGACCUGGCAGGCCACAACCACUGUCAAUGUUAGUAUCACUCGAUCAGAUGGGACUCAUGUUGGAAUGGGCGCUGUCCACAUCUCACUCUCAGACUUCAAGCGGCAAAUCAAAACUUUCCGGACCACGCAAAACUUUCACAUUGGACUUCUCUUCACCUUGAUCGCUUUUCUACUUUCUUUCUCAUAUUGUAUCAGCAUCUUCUUUUUUCGGCCCUUCGCGCCCGUCGACUAUCCUAAGAUACCGGUCCAAAAACACACCGAUCAUAAGACACCCCGUCCAGCGCCGUACAAGAUACGAGCUUCCGACGGUGUGAUUGUACAUCUCGAUGUAUAUGAGCCAGAGCCCCGAGUUGAACAAUCAGAUGGUCCAACGUGCCAUCCGCCAAUUUUGCUUCUACCCGGAGUCACUGGCAUGGGUGCAAAGCACAACCUAUUUGCGUUGCCUUUUCUACGCUGCAAUGCGGUCAGAUAUUUCACUAAGCUUGGACAUCGCUGUUAUGCAUUGACGCCUCGCUGGGGUUGCGACUUAGCUGACGCUCGAAAUUCGACGGUUUUUGACUGCCGUCUAGAUGUUGCAGCAGCAUUGGAGGAAAUCCGAAGCAGGGAGCUACAGAAGCCCUAUGUAAUAGCUCAUUGCCAAGGCUCGGUGGCCCUCUGCAUGGGACUUCUUGAUGGCACUAUCAAAAGCAACCAGCUUCUUGGGAUCUCCGUCAACUCUGUCUUCAUGAACCAAGUCUUCGGAUACUGGAAUUCACUCAAAAGGGAGGACUACUUUGUUGAUUCGACUGUAUGA